GACGUCACCGCCGUCGCCGUCAAUCUCCCUUCACAGAAACCUUCUGCCUUACCUGCCGCCGCCACCCUUCCGUCCAACUGGGCGGCCACCGUUCCUCUCCUCUCUCCGUCAGGAUCCGGCUUGCCGCCCCCGCCGCCGCAGACGCCACUCCGCCCUUCCUUCGCUUCGAGAACCCCGCCGCCCUCCGCCGUUGCAUUCCCGUCUUCCACGGGUACCCAACGCCGGCGAGCCCUUCUCCUUUUAUCUGGAAUCUGGGUGUUCUUGGCGCCGACGUCUCCGAGGCAGAGCUCAGGGAAAGGCCGGCCAUAGGUGCCGUUCGUGAAGGACCCCUUUGCCUGCUCCUCCCAUCCCGAUUCUCCUCGCUCCUCCUUCUCGGAGGCAACAAAUUCUCGGGUUUCCGCUCCCAAUCCGCCGCCGAUGCCCGACGCCGAAAAGCUCGAAGCCGCCCGGUGCGUGGUGACCCUUACUUUGUCGGAGCUCUCCCGGCACGAUAUCUCCUCCUCGACGUCCCCGCCUUGCGCCGACCUUCUGGCUCUCUUCCGCCGCUGCUUCCUGUUGCUGCCUCUUCUCAACGCCGGCGAUCCAAGCCUAGCCGCUGAAUGCUGCCGCGGCCUCCUCGCCUCCCUUGGUGCCAUCCUCUCCGGCGACCCGUCCCCCUCCCUCCUCCCAUCACUCGAGGUGUUCGCUGAAAGCCUUGUUUCUAAUGGGAAAUUGAGGAGCUGCUUGGCCAUGGCUGACUGUGCUGCACCAGAAGGCUCAAGGAUCUUUACUAGGGCCCUGCCAUGCCAGGGUGAUCACCACCUCAUGCUGGAGCUUGUGUGCCGCCAUUUCAUUUCAUCAUUGGAGAAUGGGGAAGGAUUUGAGGUGUUUUGGAGUGCACUUUCUUGGUUAGGGAAUGAGCCACGGGGGACUCCAGAAAUUAGCUUUCAGGGGGCUCUUGCGCUGAUUCACAGGACCUGCUUGUUUCCUUUGCCAACUGUUGUCCAGGCACAUCUUUUACUGCUCGUGUCAAGAUGCAUCAGUGAUCGAAAUGUGGACUUGCAUUUGCUAGCAUUUGAGCAUGCCAUGAAUCUUUAUGUGAGAUAUUUACCAGCAUUGCAUAUUUUCAACAGAACUGGUGGUGUGAAAACCCCAUGGAGUCGUUUUGUUAAGGAAAUACCUUUAUGUUGCUGUAUCACAGAUGCCACUGAUCAGAAACUCAGAAGUCAGAUCAAUGGGCUGCUUUUGUUUUGCCAAUUGCACUCUGGUGAUGACCUGCCCACCAAUGAGAAUGACAUUGAUCGCCUAAUUGAAGAACACCAGCAUAUCCUUCAUGAAAAGUUCAGGCAAGAAUCAUCUAUGGUUGUGAAGGAUAUAUUGUUAAACAUCUUGCACUGUGCAAAGCAAAAGGAUGUGCAUGAAUCUGAUACUGAAGUAUCAGAUGAGAUCAUUUGCCUUGCUGCAGUACUUAGAGUAAUGAGUUCCUCACUUCUACACAUCCUGCAUUGUGUCAGCCAAAUGGCAUCUGCCGGUGACAAAGAAAAUGUAGAUUAUGCAACACUCUGCACGGGGUACAAUUUUAUAUAUGAAAGUAUCUGUUUGCUUGGGCAACAUGAAGCUAAUGGGCUUCUUAGAUAUGACUUACUUGAUAUUAUUGGGAUGCCUGUGGAUAGGGAAAGAGCCUCAAUGGCAAUGUUGGCUCAUUUUGCCACCAUGUCACUUUGUUGUGUAAGAAAAAGGCUUGGCUUUCUGUGGAAAGGUUGCGUUGUCAUGAUGAUAAUGUCCAUGAAUCUUAUUGCCGAAGAGGAAGGUCUGAGUACAUUUGAGCUUUCUUCAAAAGAAUCUGCAGUUGUCUGCUCUACCGAGGAGGGAAUCUUAAAGGUUUCUGCACGGACUAAGGCGAUGGCAUUACGGUAUGAAGCCAUACGUAAAAUUCAUAAAGGCAGGCGCGUUGAUGGAGAUGGAAGCAGGUUGGGCACCCCGCAGAAGUGUUUGUCCAUAAUUGGAAAGGCUGAUGGUCAUGCCUUUUUGGAGUGUCAUCCCGAAUAUUCACCAGACUGGAGUGAUCUUAUGGAUUUUGUUGAAUGUGAAGAAGGUAGGGAUUAUUCAAAUACCUUGAAGCAACAACGAAAGUUUAGGAAGUUUAAGUAUGAGAAGAAAUGGAGCAGGAAGAGACAGUCCAACAUGGAAUGGUUUUUAACUUAACAGAACUGAUGUGUUGUUUAGCUUUUUUUCCGGCUUAGUUUAGUGGUAGAUGAGCAGCAAAGUGACAACCAAUGUUGCAUAGCUGCACAGAUGAAUCAUAUUAGCAGGACCUCCGAUCGUUAGAUUGCUUUGUUGAUCUUUUUGAAUCGUUCCAAGAAGUAAAUGUCUGAACGUGUAUUGAGUUGUGUCAUUAGCUUUUGUAUAUAUGGAUUUCAGCAUGGUUUCUCCAUUUUUGGAAAUACAUGAUAAGGAUUGGUGUGUAUCUUUACAUCAUUUAUUUUUACAUUUGAUGGCCUGAUCUGUUUUUUGCCA